AUGCGCAAGCGAAAAUACAGGAAAGCAUUGAGAGUAGACUGGAAGCAGACAGAGAUGGGAAAGCACACAUUUGAAAUGUCGAUGAAGGUUAACGACGCUCGUCCUCCAAGAGCUCACAUUGCUGCACUUUGCAUCACAGCAAGUGCUUUCCGCGUCGUUAUUUAUGGAGCACCAUGCGGAAAGUCGUAA